AUGCUAUUGGCCUUUUUGCCAGCUGUUAUUGCUACUUUCGUCGAAGUCGUAGGAAAAGCGUCCAGCGUCGAUACGAUUCAAAGCUCGACACUCAACGUUGAGGCAUGCUUUAGAGCAGACACUGGUUACCACAGUUGUUUGGUCUUCGAUUUUAAUUCACCAAUUGGCAAAAGAGCCUGUUCUAGCGAUGGUAUCUGGUGUUUCAAACUGGUCAAUUUUGACGGCAAGCAAGGAAAAGUUGAUUACCAAGUCAAAUUUGCAAGCAGAUUAUCUGAUGUGCAAACUUCCAUUGAUUCCGAUCCUAUUUGUGAAGAACCUGAGGCGAAUGUGAAUAAGUGUCAAUGGGGAAUUCCUAAUCAUGGAUUUGACAUGUGA